AUGCAACAAGAACAUAUAUCUAAAUUAGAUACAAAUUUACUAGCAUCCUCAUUUGAUGAGGAACAUGUUGAAACAUUGUUGAAAUUGUGUGAUGAAUUACAGCCGAAUUUAAUAUUGACAACUGGUGGAACGGGCAUCGAUUCCGAUGAUAUGACACGAGAAGUAUGUGGCGAGUUAAGUUAUUACAAAGAAAAUCUCUGGCCUAACACAGACAAUGGUUGUGAAGUCAUUAGCAAUUGCUCAUAUGGUUACGCUGUUGAGGUUCUGUAUAGAGAUACUGACGAUGAUAUUCAAAUGAGUGAAUUUGCUUUACAAAAGAACGUUCCUUUGGGACUUGCUGACCUAGGUUUACUUGCUACAGUUGAACCACAAACAAUACAUGUUUAUGAUAAACUAUGUGUAGUCGUUCUUUCAACUGAUAACAGGGAAAUUCGUGAUAGUAAUAAAAUCAUGUUUAUGAGGGUAUUAAAAUGUACAACAUACUAUUUACUCUCAGUGUGGCAUUAUUUAUAA